AUUAAUGUAGUAUUUAUUCUUCGCACGUGUUUAUUUUAGCAGUCGCGUAGGUGCGACAAUUUGGCAGGGUUCAUUGUUAAUGGUAAAAUUAUUAUUGUUCUACAAGUAGAUUAGCAAUAUUAAAGUACAAGAUCUCAGCCUUCAUCGCCAAGCGAAGUGAAAAGAUGAACUGGUGGCACAUCAGUUUCUUGUCCAUUGCAUUUUUGGUGAGUUCGGCUUGGAGUCGCCGUGUAGAAAAUACAACGCUUCAUAAAAAAUCUGAUUCCUCAAUUGUGAAGGCACCAAUUGAUAAAAGACACGUUGUCGCUUGGUUAAGUAACGAUGAAAUAAAAACAAUACAAAGAAAUUUUGCCAAACUAGUGGGUUUACAUGAUUAUCAAGAAGUAGAUCCAAUGACAUUCAGAGAUCUUUUAUUAGAAAUACUAGAGCUACCAUUUCUCAAAUUAUUCUCCAUUCAUAACCACUGUGAUUUAUGUAAAGAGCUGGUAAACGUUAUCAAAAUUAAUGGAUAUCGUCAUAGCAAAGUAGCAGAAUUCGUGUGCACUAUCUACCAUCAAAUGGCCAACUUAACAUUUUCUAAAUUUUGUACGCAUGUGGUGGCACAAAACUUACCUGUGCUGGAGUACGUAUUCGACAACAUUGAAAAUGUGGAUCCAGAAUUGGUCUGUACGAUUGUUCUUCAAACCGAAGAGUGUGCUUAUUCCAAACCAGCCCUUUCGUGGACUACAAAAAUACCUAGAACACUGCCUAAAUAUCCAAAGCAUGAAAAAGAUCCAAAAGCUGAUACUUUAAAAAUUCUACAUUUAACUGGCCCACACAUUUCAUUCGAUUAUGAAGAACAUGGAGCAGUAAAUUGCGGCGCUCCCUUAUGCUGUAAGAAAGGACUGGGAAAUAAAACAGACGGAGGAAAUGCUGGGUACUGGGGAGAAUACAGUUGCGAUAUUCCUCCAUGGCUUUAUGGCGAUACCCUACAGCAUAUAAGUGAGACUCAUAAGGACUUGGACUUCAUCUAUUUUACUGGAGGAGUUCUGGAUCAUACAGUCUGGAAGUCAUCAGCUCAUUCUAUGAUAGAAUCAAUGUUUCUUGCAUUUAAAGCUUUAGAAGAAACUUUCCCUGAGACUCCAGUGUUUCCUGUAAUUGGAAAUCAUGAUUCGAGUCCUCCGAAUAUGUUUGCUCCUAAUAAACCAGAUAUUUAUUCAAAAGGUAUAUCUACUAAAUUGCUGUAUAUUCACUGGGCGGCAUUCUCUACUUCAUGGUGGUUACCCGAGAGUGCUAGGAAAACAAUUCUAAGUCAAGGCUACUAUGCUUAUUCGGUUACUGAUAGGUUAAAAGUUAUUGGAUUAAACAAUAAUGUAUGCUAUAACUUUAACUGGUGGUUACUAUUAGAUACAAAAUUCAUUGAUGAGCAACUGCAAUUUUUAAUACAAGAAUUAGAAGAUUCGGAGCAGAGUGAACAAUACGUGCAUAUCCUCACCCAUAUACCAGUUGGUAUUAAUGAAUGUAUACAACCAUGGGAAGCUAGCUACAAUAAAAUAAUCCAAAGAUAUGCUCAUAUUAUAAAAGGACAGUUUGUUGGACAUACUCGUACUGAUGAACUAAAAAUAUUCUAUGACACGUUCAAAACUCCUAUUAACGCCGCUUUCAAUGGGGCAAGUUUAACACCAUACAAAAAUAACAAUCCAUCCUACAAAAUAGUACAUGUCCAUCCUGAUACAAUGGAUGUCGUUGAUAUCGAAACCUAUUAUUUCAACUUGACCGAAGCUAAUCUCAAUCCAAACAGAAGUCCGAAAUGGAAGAAAUUAUAUUCCAUGAAAGAAGCCUAUGGUCUAACCGAUUUGUCACCUAAAAGUUUAGAUGUCUUGGUAGAUGCAUUGUUUACUAAUACAACUUUGAUGGAUAAUUACUGGAAAUACUCUGUAAGACUUGCUGAUCCAUCGCUUAAUGAAAAAUGUGACAAAACAUGUCUUCAGGAAAUGCGCUGCAACAUUGUUACCACGCAAUCUGGACAUCCUGAUAAACGACAGUGCAAAUAGAAAACUUUGUAAUGUAUUUAGUAUUGUAAUAAAGCUAAGAGAAUAAAAUUUAUUUUUAACC